GUGGCGCUGUUUCCAUGGAAACCGGUUGGCAGCAGAACGCGCGCGCCUAGUCGCGACCCCCGUCGUCCUCGCUGCAGCCGCCGCUACUACCGCCGCCAUGUUGAUGCUAGGCCGCGGGGUGGACGCCAGGGACAAUCAAACUAGACAAAUGCGGGAUGCUGUGACAAACGUGGAAAAACAUUUUGGUGAACUGUGUCAUAUAUUUGCAGCAUAUGUACGAAAAACAGCCAGACUGCGAGACAAAGCAGAUCUUCUAGUGAAUGAGAUACAUGCUUAUGCUGCAACAGAAACACCAAAUUUAAAGUUUGGAUUAAAAAAUUUUGCAACUGAAUUUUCCAAACUUCAAGAUUAUCGCCAGGCUGAGGUGGAAAGACUGGAAGCUAAAGUGGUUGAACCCCUGAAGUGUUAUGGGACCAUUGUAAAACUUAAGAGAGAGGAUCUCAAAGCAGCUUUAACAGCAAAGAACCGAGAAGCCAAACAGUUGUCUCAGCUGGAAAGGACUCGUCAACGUAAUCCAUCAGAUCGGCACAUUAUUGCCGAAAGUGAAUUACAGAGAGCUUCACUGGAUGCUACUAGAACAAGUCGACUGUUGGAAGAAACCAUUGACAACUUUGAAAAACAAAAAAUCAAAGACAUAAAGAACAUAUUUUCAGAAUUUAUAGCAAUCGAGAUGUUAUUCCAUGGGAAAGCCUUAGAGAUUUACACUGCGGCCUACCAAACUAUACAAAACAUUGAUGAGAAUGAAGACUUAGAGGUGUUUCGGAGCUCUCUCUAUCCUCCAGAGCAUCAGUCUCGUUUGGACAUUGUACGUGCAAAUUCAAAGUCUCUCCAGAGAACUGGUUCAUCCAAAUCUUGCCCUGGAAUAGUUCAGCAGAUUUCCAGGAAUCAGUUUAAAAGGGAAGAAGAGGAGGAUGAAGACGAUGAGGAAGAUGACGAGGAAGAAUUCGAAACAACAAAGGAUGAGAGAUAGCUUUGGAGACUGGCAAACUUUUUUUCAAAAUACUUGUGUUGAUGCCUCAUAUUUAGACUCUGAGACUACCCAUUAAAAUUAUCAUAAAGAA